AUGGAGAACUGGAUCCGCGCUGUGGAGGGCACUCUUAAAUAUGCGUGUCGUGUAGUGUAUGCUGACGAGGCCUUAAAGAGAUUCAAACUUGAUGUGAUUCUGGAUGAAUCGAUUGUCGCCGAUGCAUCUGAAGAUUGGGCAAGAGAGGAAUUCCACUCACUUAUCCGAGGUCUGGAUCUCUACGAUCCACAAGAGGAGCCCCUUGGUCUUGCAGACCGUAGUGAGAGUGAUUUUAUGGUGCCACCUGCCCGCAAUCUUGCUUGUUUUAUUCUAGACGAGGAUGAUAUUUCUAUGUUGGCUGAACUCAAGUUCUCAGAGGAUGCAAAACAGGACUUUGGGGUAUUUGGGGGAAAAAACCUUCGAUUAAUAGAUGGCAUGUGGCGGCGACCUCAAUUCAGCGACAGGCCAUGUCGUGGCGUUCGGUAUUGCCCCAUCAAUUCUCUGGGUCGCAUCUACCAAACUAUCACGUUUGAUCCGAAUGUCUUAGAGGAUGGUUUGAAUACUUGA